AUUAUAGGUUUAAGAGGAAUAUUAGCUUCAUCUAGAAAACGCGUUUAUAAACAAUUAAAAGAAUCUUCACCUAAAUUGAAAGAAGAAUCAAGUACAAAUGGAAUAGCUGCUAAAAAUCCAUGGGGUUCUCUCUCUAAGAAUUGGGGAGUUACUGAUUUUGUCGAGGAUGACUAUUUACCUAAAACAACUACUGAAGCAGUUUCUAAUGUAAAGGAAAGAUUAGGUUUUAAAACCCAUGAAAAAGAAUUUCCAGAAGAGAAUUCAAAUAUUAUUGAACUUUCCGAUGAAAGCCAAUCUGAAACAUCAAGUGAAGAAGAAAAUUGGUGUAAAAGAAGUAAAAUGCCAAGAAUGCGAAUGCAUGCAGAUGACGAAGAAGAAAAAAUUCAGAAACGAAAAGGGAAAAUUAGAAAUAUGAUAAAUCAUAGUGGAAAAAUAAUGGAUAAUGAUUUACGAGGAAAAUUAACUGCAAAAAGAAGAUUACCACCUGUAUACCACGAAGCAAUUCAAGUUGUAGUUACAAACCCUAAAGCAGUUCAAAGUAACUUUACUAAUGUUAAUUUAACCGAGGAUGAAGAUGAAGAUGUUCAUGAAGUGGUUGUACAGCAAGAGAAUGAUGGUAAUGAGGAAGAAGAGGGUGAAAUUAUUGAUGAUUCUGGAAGUGAUAGUAAAGAAGAAUAUGAAGAAGAGGAAGAAGAGGAAAUAGAGGAAAUAGAAGUUGGAGAUGAUUCAGCAUCUGAAUCCGUUCAUGUUAGUAGUGAUAGUAGUGUUUCUGAAAAAGAAGUUCAAGGUCCAAAAGGAAGUGUUAUUAAAGUUGUUCAACAUAGACCCAAGUUAGCAUCAACUGUAUCUACUGUAUGGUCACGAUUAAAUCAUUCCAAAAUCGAUAGAAAUGAUAACUCACAAGAAAGGUAUGAUCUUUAUAUAUGUAUAGUUUAAUAUUCAAUAUUUUGU